AUGGCGAAUUCCAAGUUGAAGGCUCUGUGGAACCAUCCAGCAGGUCCAAAAACCAUUCAUUUUUGGGCACCAACCUUCAAAUGGGGACUAAGCAUAGCCAAUAUUUCUGACUUCUCAAAGCCACCCGAAACACUUUCGUACCCCCAGCAAAUGGUUUUUGCAGUCUCUGGAUUCAUUUGGUCGCGCUAUUGCACUGUCAUCACUCCCAGAAACUUGAACCUUUUGGGUGUUAACUUCACCAUGGCGUGUACAGGUCUUUAUCAAAUUGCUCGAAAACUCCGCCACGACUACUUCCUCCAAGAGAACCCACCUGCAGAUGCUGCUGAUGAUGUUCUUGAAAAUUAA